GUGAAUUCAGUUGACACCGAGUCGCGAUCGCGAAAUAUCAUAAACAAUAUUUUUCGCUAAUCACAAAAUUUGGUUAAAAAAAAAAAAACUCAAAAAAAAGGAACUGCUUGAAAUUAUUAAGGACAUCUUUAAUAUUCUUAAUAAAUAAUCAUUAUUGUUACCAGAGAAAAAUAAUCGUUAAUUUAAAACGGGCAGUUAUUUGAUUUCAAAUUGAAAUUUGUCUUAACAAAGAGUAAUUGUUAGAGGAUUGUGUUUUCCCCCCUUUCCCCUCUAUAAAAAUGGUCAAAAGACACAUGAUGUUAUUGGCCGCCUGCCUGCUGGGCUUAGUGGCCUUUGGCUCCACAUUUGAUCACACAUUGAAAUUUGAUUAUCCUGGACCCUACUGUGAGAAAAUCAACAGUUGCUGUGAUAGCAGACACGACAGUUGUUCAGUGCCCAUUGCUAAUACUCUCUGCUACUGUGAUGAAUUCUGUGAUCGUAGUGUAGCCGGUGAUUGCUGUCCCGAUUAUCGUUCUUUCUGUAAAAGUGAACCCGAUCCAAUUGUUAGCUGUUUACACAAUGGUGUUUACUUUAAUAAAUUUAAUACCACCCGCGAUAACUGUAAUGAAUGCCGUUGCUUAGAGGGCGGUCGUGUUGUGUGUGAUACCGAUUUGUGUCUUACCGAUGAUGCUUUGAUUCAUAACAUUAACUCUAUACACAAUUUGGGUUGGUCUGCUCGCAAAUACAGCGAGUGGUGGGGCCGUAAAUACUCGGAAGGUUUAGUCAAACGUUUGGGUACCAAAGAACCCACUUUCCGUGUCAAGGCUAUGACUCGUUUGCACAAUAAGGCCGAUGGUUUACCCAAAAACUUCAAUUCUAUUGACAAGUGGUCUGAGUACAUUUCUGACGUUCCCGAUCAAGGUUGGUGCGGUUCCUCUUGGGUUCUUUCUACCACUUCUGUGGCCUCCGAUCGUUAUGCUAUUCAAAGCCAAGGCAAGGAAGUUGUACAAUUGUCUCCACAAAAUAUUUUGUCCUGCACCCGCAAACAACAGGGUUGUGAUGGCGGUCAUUUGGAUGCUGCCUGGCGUUAUCUUCACAAACAAGGUGUUCUUGACGAAAACUGUUAUCCCUAUGUUGGACAUCGUGACACCUGCAAAGUUCAUCACAGAAUGCGUUCACUCUCGGCUAAUGGCUGCAGACCUGUACAAGGAGUUGAUCGUGAUGAGUUAUAUACCGUGGGUCCAGCAUACUCGAUUAAAAAUGAAACAGAUAUAAUGGCAGAAAUUUAUCAUUCUGGUCCCGUUCAAGCUACCAUGCGUGUAUACAGAGAUUUCUUCUCUUAUUCGGGUGGUGUAUAUAGUCACAGUGCUGCCAGUCGUGGUGCUCCCAGAGGUUUCCAUUCCGUUAAGUUGGUAGGCUGGGGUGAGGAGCAUGAUGGUGUUAAAUACUGGAUUGCUGCCAACUCCUGGGGACCUUGGUGGGGUGAACAUGGUUACUUCCGCAUUUUGCGCGGUAGCAAUGAAUGUGAUAUUGAAGGCUAUGUUUUGGCUGCCUGGCCCAAUGUUUACAACUAUUAUGCUACUAAAAAUUAAGUAUAAUUUCUUGCUUUUUUAAUUUUAAAUAUAAAACAAAAACAAAA